AUGGUUCUUCUGAGAUCAGCAGCUUUUAAGGAUUCCAUUUCUUCGUCUCAACGUUGUCGUUAUCACGUGUUCUUGAGUUUCAGAGGGGAAGACACUCGCAAAACUUUUACCGACCACCUCUACACAGCCUUGAUCGGUGCAGGAUUCCAAACGUUCCGUGACAACGAUGAGCUCGAGAGAGGAGAAGACAUCAAGCCGGAACUGGAGAAAGCGAUCCGGCAGUCACAAACUUCUGUCAUUGUGUUUUCCAAAGACUACGCGUCUUCCAGAUGGUGCCUUGACGAGCUUUUGAUCAUCCUCGAGCGCAAGAGGACUAACAAAGAGUUUGUAGUUCUACCUGUCUUCUACGACGUCGAUCCAUCCCAGCUGAGGAAGCAGACAGGAUGUUUUGCAGAAGCUUUUUCCAGGCACCAAAGUACUCAGUCUUCCAGCAAGGUCAACAGAUGGAGGGCGGCACUUGCACAAGUUGCCGAUUUAGCUGGCAUGGUGUUACCAAAUCAAGCUGACGGGUAUGAGUCGAAGUUUAUCAAAAAGAUUGUUAAAGUCAUAGAAGGAAAACUAAGGCGGGUCACACCCUAAGUGUUUCCCCUAAGUUGAUUGGAAUUCAAUCUCGAGCGAAAAGAAUCGAUUCCUGGUUAAAAGAUGGAUCUACUGAUGUUGGCAUACUUGUACUUUAUGGGAUCAGUGGAGUUGGCAAGACGAC